UCCAACACACAUUUCAUUCACCAUUUGAAAAUGAAAAAUAUGAUCACAGUUUCACAAGGUGGAAAAGACUCCGAAUACGGCAAAAUACUUCUCUCGAAUGUGAUGGUUACGAGGAAAAGAAACCUCAUCAUGGGUCGUACAUGGAGAACUCUUGAUAUCCAAACGGCUGUAUCGAUAUUGGUUAUCCACUUGCUUGCACUUUUCGCACCAUUUACGUGUACUUGGCGUGCAUUAUGGGCGGCCUAUGCGACCAGCGUGUUGCGUGGAAUUCUUGGUAUAGGUCUGUCGUAUCACCGAAACCUUGCACACCACAGUUUUAAGCUGCCCAGAUGGCUUGAGUACACCUUUGCUUAUAUUGGAGUCCUUGCUUUUCAGAGAGAUCCUAUAUCUUGGGUGAGCAUACAUAGAUAUCACCACCAGUAUGUCGAUACCGAGAAAGAUACACACUCUCCAAUCUUUGGAUUUUGGUUUAGCCAUAUGGGUUGGCUCUUUGAUAGCGGCUACAUGCUUGAAAAGGUACUUCAUACUUCCAUGUUCCAAAAUGAUAUUAAAAACUGUUUCUCUUGGCAAAUGUUCUUGUUUAACUUGAUUUUUCAGUAUCAAGAGCGUAAUAAUGUGGAGGAUUUAAAGAAACAAGCAUUCUAUAGAUUCAUCAAAAAGACUUAUGUAUUGCAUUUAUUUGCAUAUGUUGUCCUCGUUUAUGCUUUUGGUGGAUUUACAUACCUUGUUUGGGUCGUGGGAGUUUCAACAACAUUUGCAUAUCAGGGGACCUUUCUUGUGAAUUCAGCUUGUCAUAUAUGGGGAAACCAAGCUUGGAACACAGGUGAUCUCUCCAAGAAUAAUUGGUGGGUAACAUUGAUUGCUUUAGGUGAAGGAUGGCAUAAUAAUCAUCAUGCAUUUGAGUAUUCAGCUCGACAGGGGUUAGAAUGGUGGCAAUUUGAUUUUGUUUGGUAUAUGAUAUUGUUUCUCGAAGCAAUAGGGUUAGCCACCAAUGUCAAAUUACCAACUGAGGAUCAUAAGCUUAAGAAGUCGUUUGCUUCUCUUAACAAGUUCAAAUGAGCAUUGCCGGAUAUAUA